AUGGCUGUGGCUCCUGAUAAAAAUGAAAACAUCCAAGUGGUGGAGCUUCCAAUCAUAGGCCACUUAUCUCAGGACCUAAGGCCGGACUUCCUGCCAUUGGCAAUCCCAGAAGACAUCUCAGAGAGACUGGAAAGAGUACAUGGUAACCCCGCCGUCUGGUGGAUAGGUCAGAUCAUGACCUACAUUCUGAGACCUCAGCCUCAACUCCAAGAAUUCAUGGACAAAGAGACAGCGGCCUUAGGAUUCACACAUCCGAUCGUUGGCAUCCACGUGAGGCGUACAGAUAAACUCAUCCGGGAUGCCAAAUUUCACGGUAUCGAGGAGUACAUGGUCUACACCGAAGAAUUCUACCAAGAAUUGGAGAAGAGACAGGCAGUGCCGGUCAGGAGAAUCUUCUUAGCAACAGACGAGGCCAGUCUGCUCGAAGAAGCCAAGAAGAAGUGA